AUGCCAUCUACGAAAUUUCCUACCCAACUGGCCGAACUUUCCUUGAAUGACGCGAACCUCAACCCUUCCCUCUACACGAAUCUUGGGUCGAUCCGCAAAUCCGCACUUUCAAUACCCAACCGCCUUCAUUCUAUCCUGGCCGAUGCCAAAUUCGCGAAGCAAGUAUCCGAACACUACAAUCUACCACUAGUGGCAAAUGAGCGUUGUGGAAGUUGGUAUAUUGACCCGACUGACAAAGCUGGCAGCGCCUACUUCAAGAGCACGGACGGCCAUCAUGGGCAGUGGGAUUUUUCGCUUCGAAGACUCAACCUCCAGCUUCUUCCUAUCCUAGGUAGUCAUGGCGGUGCCGUUGUGGUUGAUUCGACACGUCGGGGCAAGAAUUUGCCCGAUGCGUUGAGCAAAACUGUGCCAAUCUGGGCCACGGUGAUCAACAGAGCAUUAUUCCCCGAGCUGCCUUGGACGCAUGCUCUCCAGCAUCCGCCCACGCCAGAUAACUUAGGCCAGUCCGAGAUAUCGCAGAUCGAAGCGAGACUUGAUGGAUUUGUGCACGCAUUCGCCAACCUGGGACUGGACCUGGCCCGCCUACGCAACGAGCUGAAGCAUCCAAUCCACAUCUCUUGGGCCGUGAAUGGCUCCUCCGACGUUGGAAAUGAAGAGCCAGACGACGAACCACCAUCAGAGUCUUUUGAAGACCCUCGAGAAAUAUGCCUUCGGUUGGUUCUUUGUUCAGCAUCUCGUCGUGUCCGUGGUGCAGAAAUCUCGGAAGGCGGAUAUAUUCAAGGAGCUGGCGAUGACAGCGAGGGAUGGUCUCAUGGUCUGAAUCCCGGAGUUUUCUGGAAAUACAGAGAGGAGCUGAUGCAGUCAGCCGAAGACGAACUCCAGGAACUCAUCGGGACGUUGCUUGAGCAAGAAAGGCAGGACAGCCACACCAGAGGACCAGUCACGAAGAUCCUCGCCACCUCCAAUAUCUAUAUCGGAGUUGGCCCUGUUGGCACCGUCGAUGGAUUUGAUUUCGUUGUCAACUGUCAAGGCGACAGCCAAAAAGAGUGCUCUAACCUGGUGGACUUGAAAUGUCGCUCAGGCAAGUUGGGAAGUAAAGACCUCCGUGACAAGCUACCUGGCGUUUGUGAUACCGUCGGAGACUACCUUGUCCAGCAUCGACACGACCGAAUAUUAGUUACCUGCACAACGGGCAAAGACCUGAGCGCCGGUAUUGUGGUGGCUCUCCUGUGUCUAUUCUAUGAUGAUGAGGGCCGAUUGAAGGAAAACGCCAACCACCGCAAUAUCGACAAACAGCUUGUCAAACGGCGUUUGGCUUGGAUCACCCAGGCAAAGCCAGAUGCGAAUCCUUCGAGGGCAACAUUUCGGGCCGUGAACUCAUUCUUGAUCCGGCAACCUCCAGACUGA